AUGGGAGUGGCGCCCGACGCAGCUGGCCGCGAGCGCGGGCGGAUUGUCAGCACAGAUAUCACGUGGCACGAGGGCGGGGUGGCGCGGGAGCAAAAGGAGGCGCUUUUGGGCCAACGCGGCUGCGUGCUUUGGUUCACUGGCCUGAGUGGCAGCGGCAAGUCCACGGUGGCGGCCACCCUUGAGCACGCCCUCCACAAACUCGGACGCGCGACGGCCCUCUUGGACGGCGACAACGUGCGCCACGGCCUCAACCGCGACCUCGGGUUCUCCGCUGCUGACAGGGAGGAGAACAUCCGGCGGAUAGGGGAGGUGGCGCGGCUGUUUGCAGAGUCGGGGGUCAUCGUGUUGGUGUCCUUCAUAUCCCCUUACAGGCAGGACCGCGACCGCGCGCGCGCCCUGCUGCCCCCCGGCCGCUUCAUCGAGGUGUUCAUGGACACCCCCCUUGAGGUGUGCGAGCAGAGGGACCCCAAGGGGCUCUACAAGAAGGCCCGCGCCGGGCAGAUCAAGGGCUUCACGGGGUUGGUCUCGUAG